AUGCUGAAACUCUCCGACAGGAGCGGCUCCAAGACGGACACUAAAAUUCUUCUGGACGCCAUCUCUAAAGACAAGGUCCACCUCACCAGGUUCAUCCUAGAUGCUCUGGAUGGGAAGAUCAUCGACUCAAAGACUGAAGGAGCGCAGACGCCUCUGAUAUCGGCCGUGUUUCUCCAGGAUCCUCACUCAAGGAGCAAGUUCAUGAAUCUUCUGUUGCAGAGAGGCGCAAACGUGAAUCACCCUGACGAGAGCGGCCGUACGGCGCUCAGUUACGCCUGUGAGAUGGGAUACCUGGACGCUGUGAAGAUCCUGGUGAAAAACAACGCGGAUCCGGAGGUGGCCGACAUCUGGGGAAACACGGCUCUGAUGUACGCGGCUGUUGCUGGACACUCGGCCAUCGUGGAGUUUCUGGUCCGAGCUUUUAAAAGAUUGGGACUCCAGAUAGACCGGCAAAACAAAGUUGGCAACUCUGCCUUUGAGGUGGCCAAGUAUCUCGGACACACUGACUGUUUACAAGCGCUUGUGAGUAACUCAAAGAGACAUCAUGAUGGGGAUGUCUUAGCUGAAAAACUGUCUGCUGUGAACGUCAGUGCCGAUGAUAAUGUGGAGAGGUCCUCUGAGUCUUUUCUGGAGCAUCUUCUGAGCAAGGAGAUCCAUCCAACUCUGCUAGGAAAACGUUUACCUGAAGAUGGUACACAACUUCCCAUCAGUUUAGGUCGUAAAAGGUCCCUCAUUUUACGCAACAGGAUACAGUCGAUGGGCUCUAUUGAGGAAUAUGAGAGGGAAAGUGAUGCUUCAGCACCAUCAACUCCUCAAGGUCUCGUGUUCUCUGGUGUUUUGACCCCCAAACCUCCUCAGAAACUCUCCCCGAGCCCCAAACAUGGAGAACAACUGUCCACCUGUCCAAACAGCCACCUGCCCCCCUUGAUCAGAGACCUCAGCAUGCCCGUGUUUUACUCACCUAGACCCUCCAAAACACCUUCAAGAACUCCUCCAUCAGGAACGCUGACUGGUCCUCUUGGCAUUUUGUUGACUCCAAUUGGGAAAAGUGGCAAAGAGGAACUAGAUAAAGCUGAAAAAGCCAAGAAAUUGCAGUUUGAAUUACCCAUCAGACGGUUUGAUGACAGUUAUUACCAGAAGAGAUGUAGUUUACCGACCAGCACUCUGGCUUCAGGAACCUCAGAGCGUCACCUGAUGUCUUUACACAAAAGCAAAACCAUGUCGAAAAGCCCUCCAAACACUGAAACCCUCGACGUCCCUGUCUCACCACAGAGCUCCAGCUCGUUCAGCGCACUCAGCAGCAGAUUGUUGAGGAGAUUCACUUUUCCAGACUUCAAGAAGAGCAGCAAAGAGUUGCAGGAGGGUUGUGGCGCAGCGAAUGGAGUGUCUGAACUGCCGAGGUCAGAAACUUUUCCCCUGGCGAAUAAUCACCCUCAGGUUGGAAACAAGCCGAGCAUAGACAGCAUCAGUGCAGUGAAGUGUGAGUUUGACUUUCAGUUUAAAGGCGCUCAGAACUUCUGA